AUGGCCUUCGCAGGCGUCACCACCAUGGACGACAAGCAGAGCCACUACAGCACCAAGAUGGUGUUGGCUGUCACCGGCAUCUCAAUGGGCGCCAUCAGCUAUUCGUAUGCUGGGUCGAUCGUGGGCACCACCUUGGGCCAGCCAUCUUUCAUCCAAUACAUGGGAUUGGCCACCAACCCCAACGCCGAAGGGCUUAUCGGCACCGUGGUCGGCCUGUUCUACGCCGGAGGGGUCUUUGGCGCGCUUCUCAACACCUACCUCGCCGACAGCCUGGGCCGUAGAUGGACGACAGCGAUCGGAAGCAUCAUUCUGGUCAUCUCGACCGGCUGCCUCGCCGGCUCCGUCAAUAUCGCCAUGUUCAUUGUUUUCCGAUUCUUCGUGGGCAUGGGUGCCUACAUGCUGUACCUGACCACACCGCUCUGGGUCACCGAGCUGGUCCCGCCGCGAGGCCGCAGCAUUCUCGUGGGCAUCGUCGGCCUCGGCGGGGUGGUGGGCUAUGUUCUCGCCGCCUACGUCGGGGUGGGAUUCUUCUACUACGACUCCAAGCAGGCUGCACAGUGGCGAGCGCCGCUGGCCAUCGGCUGCCUCCCGCCUCUGCUGCUGCUGGCCUUUCUCCCCUGGCUGCCCGAGUCCCCCCGCUUCCUCCUGCAAAAGGACAGGACGGAACAGGCCUGGGCCAUCGUCCAGGACCUGCAUGCCACCGCGGCCGACUCGCAGCACGAAUAUGCGCAGGCCGAGUUCUUCCAGAUGAGAAAGCAGCACGAGCUCGACGCGUCUCUCGACGGGUCCUGGAUCGCCAUUCUGAGGCGUCGCUCGUACCUCCGACGCGCCGCCAUCGCCUUUUUCCUGCCCGUCAUGCUGUACUCGACGGGGAACCUGGUGGUCACUACAUAUGCCGCCUCGGUCUUUGCCCAACUUGGCUACGAUGCCGGAGCCUCGUUGCAGCUCCUGGCCGGUCUCUACGUGGGCGCCAUCGUUGGGAAUCUGAUAUCGCUGACCUAUGUCGACCGCGUGCCUCGUCACAAGAUGCUGGCCGGGGGCGUGGUCGCCGUGACCAUCAUCAUCUCCAUCGAGACCGCCCUUCAAGCCACCUACCUGGGCACCGGCAACAAGUCGGGUCUCGGCGCCACUGCCGCCUUCCUGUUCCUGUUCCUGAUCUUCUUCAAUCUCUUCCUCGAGGCCAUCAGCUGGUACUACGCCAGCGAGAUCUUCCCCACCCACCUGCGCUCCAAGGGCAUGACUCUGGGCGUGAUCGGCUUCUGCCUGGUCGACAUCCUCUGGUUGGAAUUGGCCCCGACCGCCUUUGCUACCAUCGGGUGGAAGUACUACCUUGUCUUCAUCUGCGUCUCCGUCGUCUCGGCCGCCUUCAUCUUCUUCACCUUCCCCAACACCUUGCAUAUGCCGUUGGAGGAGGUGGCCAAGCUGUUUGGCGAUGACGACCUGGUGGCCGUCUACCAGCGGGAUAUUCACAUUGAUCACGAGAAGCACCUGGUGGUGGAGGAAGCGGCUGAGAUUGAGGAUGUCAGUGCGGGGACUGGUACACCGUCCAGCAGCAGCAAAGCACAUGCGGUGUGA